UUCAACACUUGAUUUACUCUUCUAGAAGUCGAUCUUCACUUGCGAUCAUCUCUCUCUCUCUCAUACACACACACAAUAAUGGUGAAACUAUCAGAUCUUCCAAUACACGCAUCUCGCCUCUUCUUUCUUCUCAUCAUUCUCCAAAUUCCGCUUUUCAGGAUACCAUGUAGAUCCGGUAUGUGUACAUCACCCAUCCAUGUUACAGCUAGCCAGUUGAUCGCUAGUGAGAUCUUUCCUGUAGCUGCAAUCAAGGCCCUUCUUUACCCGGGUGCGCUUUUUAAUGAUAUAAUCUACAAAACGAGUGUUCCCAGCUGGAAUGAUAUACUAGAUAAGUACAACCUCACUGAAAUAAAAGGAGCGUCUGCAAUGCCUGAUCUACAACGUUUGGAGGUUCUUGCAGGAAGUUACUUCUCGGUAGCAGGAUCGUUUAUUGGUCUACUAAAGCCACAAAGAAUGAGCAUGUUUGGGACUCUUCUAAUCGUAUGGGGACUUGUGAAGGAAGGACUUCUUGGAAAGCCGGUAAACACGGACCCCACUAGAUCCGUUUACGUGUACCCAACCAUGCUCAUUACGGUACUUUGUGCCUUCUCUUCCGUCAAGUACAAUUUCCAGAAAGCCACCAAAAAACCUCCUCCCCGUCCUAUAGCAAAGCCUCUUAAAAGCUCCAAGAAAUCUAAGCUCAAAUGAUUUGAUUAAUUCGACCCAGUAACCACUUAUGAAUCAUGGAUCUCAAAAGUUGUUGACUCAAGUUUGACCUACAAGGUAUGUUUAAAACUUCAUUUUCAGCUAGAUUAUGCUUGUGAAGACGAGAUUGUGGAACAAAAUGGCUAUUUCUUUUUUUUUUUUUGUUGUAGUACAUUCUUGUUAUAAAUUAAAGUAAGAAUUCAGUCCAUGUACCGAUCGGAUUUGAGUUUAUUUGAUGUGGAGUCGAUGAGCACGAUCA